AAACAAGAAGCAGGAAGUGGCAGGAACUUAUAAAUAAUAUAACUUAUUAUUUAUAAGUUCGAAUAUAACUUAUACGGCCUUGGGAAUGGCAGGGAUCUUGCAGGGAUCCAAGAAGAGGCUUUUGAAACAUAGGGUAUAAUUAAAUUAGGUCGCUUGGAUCUAUAUUGGAAAGCAACAGAUUGAUAUUUAAGCUCCUACAAAAUCGCGAUUGUGUUGUUUUCGCCCUUGCUGGCUGCUGCGACCGUUGAUUAUAUCGUAAGAUCAAGAUGGAAGUCGAAGAUGGGAAGUUUAGACACAUACGACAGUUUUUUGCCGAGGACGCCUGGGAAGCCCUAAGUGAUCUCGAGAAGCAAGUUUAUUGUAACAUGAAGUCCAACUAUGACAAGUUAUCUGAACUCGGCAUCGCGGGCCAGCCGCCAUCGUUCAUGCGCGCCCCACCGCCGCCGCCGCCGCCGCCCCGACCGGCCCGACCGAAGCGUCCUCGACCAGCGAAGUCAGCCGAUGACGGCGACGAUGACUGGAGUCCGUCGCGAUGCGUCCGGCCGGCCCAGCGGCGGUCGCGUUCCACCGUGCGACGUGGCGCCGCCAAGAGCAGGUUCCAGCCGCCGGUGAAGAGGACGGCGACGGUGACAUCGGCUGAGACGGCGCCCGCUGCUUCCUCGGCCGUGUCCGGUGACGUCCAUUCGCAGGAGCGGCGGCCGGUCAACACAGAGGAGGCAGCAAAGGAGGCGGACCGGUCUCCGCACAGGCCACCGUCGCCGCCGUACGAUUUCAUCGGCUUUACGCUCGAGGAUCAGUUCAAGGCCCGGCACGCUGUGGACACGAAAGCUGAACUGCUGUGGAACCACAUCAUCGCCGAGUUCAAGGACUUGGGAGAAGAGCCUCCCGAGCGGGAGGUGUUCAAACGCCGCCGGAACACGGUCAACUACCGGGAGGAGGAGGAUCUGGACGACGACGACUACAUCUUCUGUGACGAGUGUGACCGCGAGUGGGAGGGCGACUGUCCUGUGCACGGGCCGCUGAAAGUCGUACCCGACAACAAGGUAUGGAACUCGGAAGGGGACCGCUAAUUGCCCUCGCUCCGUUUGUACGUCUAAUGGCAUUGUUUGUGUAGCUUUGUACUCCCGAUCACUUCAUAAAUCAUGCGAUAUGUUUUUAAGUAAGCUACAGCUCGAGCUACCGUUCAUUAUUUUCUCUCAUCUUGCCGUAAAAAGUGGUUCGAGUGGUAGUUACUCUUUUUGUCAUGCUCCAAUGGCCGCUAAACUAUUUCAAUUGAAAAGUGUUCCGUAUCAUUCUUUACGCAAUCAUUGAGCAAUUCAGCGGUUAACUACUUAUUGGCCGUUUUCACGACGGAAUAGCAGGCAUCUAUUUAAUCCCCAUUUGAUCCUUUAGUUCCUCAGGAAUUUUAGUAGUUCUUUUUAGUAGGUUCCCCAGCUUUCGAAUGAAUGGUGCGUUAGUUUGCUAUUUUUCUAUUAAAUAUCACAUCGAUUUACUUUAUCUAAGGAUUUAUCACUAAUAUCAACAUAAAGCAUAAGCACAAUUAUAAAAUUAUGAAAUUAUUAAAUACUAGUACAAUAGUUAAAAAAAGAUACUGAGUUGCCAGGCUACAAAGAAUAUAUUCAUUUAUGGCGCACGACAGACAUUUAGAAAGCAGCGCCCUGUUUUACUGCACGCUGCUAGCCGCUUCCAUUGGGUUUUGCAGGCCGACGUCAUUGGUCGUUACACGUAUGAUGUCACGCGACUUGUGGCCUGUCACGGCUCUUUAAUGAUCUCCACUAAAUGAAUGCAACAAUGGCCUUUUAAGUUGAUCUCUGUGGCCAUCUGUCUAUGGAGCGACCAAUAUGAAAGUUGGGUGAAUUUACCGGGGUUACAUGACUAUGAGCAAGCAAAUGUGUAUCAGGAAUGGAUUUAGGUGGAGAAUUGCGCUGGACCAUGAGUGCUCGAACGCUCCCAAUUCCACGCCGGUUUGGCUUUGGAGCCGAGACAGACUAUGCGGGUCAAGGUCACCGCUGGGGUAACGGUGGAUUGGCUGCGCCCGAGCACCCGUAACGCGGCACAAUUCUCCAUCUAUGGAUUUUCCUAUUCGCUCAGCAUUGUGAUAGGCGUUCGUAAUAGCAUUUACUCUGCUCAUGUACCUAUCCCCGGUUAUUUAAAAGAAGUUUUUUUUUGUGGGGGAAUAUCACGGCUUUAGGUACUCGGUGGCCCUAUUCACGACUUUCAAAGAAUGCUCCGAUAACUAAACACCGCACAGACCUACUGCAUUAGUGAAUCUGACAGAAGGUCUGUGGAAUUACAUCCCCCCUCACCACACCCCUAAAAACUCAUCCAGUGUCCAAAACCACUUUUAUCGACUCGCCAAAAAAACAAAAACAAAAAAAAAAA